AUGACGGAGAAGGACUUCUUCACGGAGUACGGCGAGGCGAACCGAUUCACGAUCCACGAGGUCGUCGGUAAGGGAUCUUACGGCGUCGUGUGCAGCGCGACGGACAACAAGACCGGGGAGAAGGUGGCGAUCAAGAAGAUCACGGACGUUUUCGAGCACGUGAGCGACGCGACGCGAAUCUUACGCGAGGUGAAGCUCCUGCGCGUGCUGAAACAUCCGGACAUAGUCGAGGUGAAGCACAUCGUGCUGCCGCCGAACCCGCGGGAGUACAAGGACAUCUUCGUGAUAUUCGAGCUCAUGGAGACGGACUUGCAUCAGGUCAUCAAGGCGAACGACGACCUGACGCACGAGCAUCACCAGUUCUUUCUGUACCAGCUCUUGCGAGGUCUCAAGUACGUGCACACCGCGAACGUGUACCAUCGCGACCUUAAACCUAAAAACAUCUUAGCCAACGCGGAUUGCAAGCUGAAAAUCUGCGACUUCGGGCUCGCGCGGCCGGCGUUUCAAGACAGCGGCCCGACGACGAUCUUCUGGACAGACUACGUCGCGACGCGUUGGUACCGCGCGCCGGAGCUGUGCGGGUCGUUCUUCACGAAGUACACCCCCGCGAUCGACAUAUGGAGCAUCGGGUGCAUCUUCGCGGAGAUUUUGAGCGGUCGGCCGCUGUUUCCGGGGAAGAACGUCGUGCACCAGCUCGAGAUCAUCACCGACCUGCUCGGAACGCCGAAGCCGGAGAUCACGGCGAAAGUGAGGAACGAGAAAGCGCGGCGGUUUCUCGCCAACAUGCGCGUCAAGCCGAAGAUUCCCCUGUCGCAGCGGUUCCCGAAAGCCGCCCCCGGGGCGCUCGCGAUUUUGGAUAAGCUCCUCGCGUUCGACCCGGACGAACGACCGACCGCGGAAGAAGCGCUCGCGGACCCGUACUUCGCGAACCUCGCGGACCCGGCGAGGGAGCCGGCCGCGGAGGUCAUCUCGAGAGACGAGUACGCGUUCGAGAGCAAAAAAGUGACCCCGGAGGAGGUCAGGGAGCUGCUGAAAGCGACGGCGGGGGUGACGGUGGUGGUGACGGGGAUCGUCGUCUCCGAGCGGUAG